AUGGUGAGGGCUGUGCGUUGGAUUACUGGCGUAGUGCUUUCUAUCGCGGUAUGGCUAGGUGUCUUAUACGCCCCAUUUAGCCGGUCUAAUGCCUUGGAUCUUAUAAUUUUGUAUUCACCUGUUGCCAUCAUUGUCUCCUUCGGACUUUUUUCGUUGUUCUUCAUAAUAUAUGGUGUGGUGACGUUCAAUGACUGUCCUGGUGAGGCUGAGAAACUGAAGCAACAGAUUGACGAAGCUAGAAGGAACCUAAAGAAGGCCGCUUCUACCCACAUUGACAUUGUCAUGGUGUGGUCGCCUGUUUCCGAUGCGAUUAAGUGGAGAAGAGUUAUAUCCAAAUUUACUGAUCCAACGCUUUCGGAGAAUUUUUCUAUUUCUUUGGGUGAUUGGGUUUAUGUUGAUCAAAUCAGUGACGGUUUAAACCAAACACCGUCUUCCCAAUGGUACUAUGGUUUCAAAUGUGGGUCCUCCACAAUGCGUGGAGUGUUUCCCGUCUCCUGCACAGAAGAACCUUUGGGCCUAGACCUUCCGGAAAUAUAUGCUGAGAUCAUGUCCUUUCUACCCAUGGCCCAACAAAUGUUCUCGGUUGGUGAUAGGCGAGUUUUUCAUAAGGCGACUAUUUACUUGCAAGAAAUGGCUGGGUGUAGCGAUAAAAUGAGGCACUCUUUUAGUCAAGCUGAGUCGAAAAGGCAUAAAUGUGACGCUCUCGAUUUCCUUUCACUCUGCGAGAGGUACAUUGGUUUUCCACUUCAAAUACGCUUGCCAAAUCCGUUGAGCUACAUAAGUGUUCAAUUAUACGAGGAGUAUAUACGGAAUGAGAAGGAGUCUAAGGAGAGAGAGAGACCGCGGGGUGAUCUUUUUCACAUUUGUGUUGAACUCGGUAGAUAUCCCUCAAACACGUUGACUCUAUUUCUGGCAUCUCAGUCUAUGCGUUUGCCCGAUUCCUCAUCAACUGGUAGUGGAUCUGACCAAGACUCUCACCUUAUAAACGUGCACAAUCAUCUCAUUGAAUUUUUGAAAGGAAACAACGAUGGCACCAGUUUAAGUUCUUUCUCAUCUUCGGGGCUUCAGUUUGGUGAUUUUUGUCGGAUCUCAGAAAAUGCUAUAAUUGAAGGUAGCCGCCAAAACUGUAUUUUGCAGGAAUUAAAACCUUUUAGUCCUUCGGACACACGAAUACUCCUGGUUAUCAUGGCGGAUAGAGUAGGCUCUGUCAUUUCUAGAAGAGGAAGAAAUGCACAAAUGGACAUUUGUUUGUCGGUCGGCGAAAACGAAAGGUUUCGGCGACCGAUGGCAAUCGCCUGCUUGGACAUAACGAAGGAUCUCUUAUCUACACUGCUCCCUUUUCACACUCCGCGCUUCCUUGAGCGGCAUCCGAGGAACCCACUGGUCUGCCCAUCUAGGGUCGUGACACUUCGAAAGCAACUUGUACGGCGAGAGUACCCGGGCGCCAUCAUCGCGCGUCCCUAUGGAAUUUUAGAAGGUAACCUUAGCAGUACAGAAACGAUCCGUAACGACUUUUUUGUCACAAUCAAGUCAGCUUCCUUUGACAAGACAGCGACGCGCAAGGAAUAUAAUGUUGAGGUUGAGAUCAGCCUGCGAGAUCCUCAUGGCAGGCCUCUCCCAUGGAUAGAAAGUACCGGAGAUACUCAAUACGUAUCAAGUAUAUCUGCUUCCCGGAGCCAACCACGUUGGAACGAACUCAUCCGCAUCGCCAUGCCUUGGUCGACGAACUCCUCCAACAUGCAAUACGCCGGUGAUCACUUUUCACAGUUGGAAAAUCUACUUGCUGGCUCCACGGUGGCUGAGGACCACAUUGAGCCCGUCAUAUCGUCCUCCUUAUCCUUAAGAUCUUCUGGACGCUCUGUGACCUUUUCACAGAGAACUCCGACAUCAGCUCACUUGCGCUUUAUCGUUAGGCAUCGCUCAACAGUUUCAGGAGGUCAUUUGAGUCUGAUAAUCCUUCGUGUUCCCCUCUAUCAGGAGGCCCAACGAAAAGCGGUCGUUUUCGCUGGCUUAGAUCUCCUAGUCCAUCCUUCGGACGAGAUCUUAAACCCCUUUAUGAUUCUGGCGGAAGCCUCAACAGGUCUGGUCAGCUUCGAUGGCUCCGUUCACCGAGCCCCCACCUCUUUCAUCGUCAAGAAGACAAAAAAAACCUGGACUUCGCCGCGGGAUAAGGUGCUUGGUGUGGCUUUUCUACCCUUGGGGUCACCAGAUGAGCACGCCUUUACCAAAGAUGGAGACUACUCGCUUUUUAUACACAAGAUGGAUGAACACGACAUUGCUGAAUGCAAGUACCUGAGCAAGGAGGCCAUAGCCUUCGUGGGACCUGGCAGUAUCAACAGUUCGGGGAGUAGUGGUGGAAACAAGAGUUCUGGCUUGGGAAAAAGUGAAAAUGGUCUUGCUCACGGCUCAAUGGCUGCCUCUCUCUUAAAUUCCAUGGCAAACAGUUUUUCUGGUCGGACAAGCAGACAGCCGGAUACUCUGAAUGUUACCACUUUGCUGGCCAGUAACCAAUACACCACUGAUGAGCAUCUAGCAAAAAUUCUUUCGUGGCGGGAGAAUAUGGACGAUGUUGUAUUCUGCCUGAAACUUCUAAUAUCACAUGCCGAAAAGGAAAGUGAAUUGAAAAAGGCAAGUGAACUUACAUUAUUCCGCAUUCAACUGAUUGACUGUCUUCUACAAAUCCUCUCCACAAGUGAUGCGGUGGAGCCCAGUAUUCAUGUGCAAGAGCUGCAUCAUUUCACCGUCGCUUUGUUGGCGCGCCUCUACAGGGAAUUAAAUACCAACACAGUCGCAUCAGAAUUGUUGGAGAAGUACUUACAGAGCUCUGUAUUCGUCUACUCAGGGUUGCAUCUCAACUAUCUUCAAGUCUUUAUUGAUCUUCUCUCGCGGAGUGUGCCCUCACGGGCCAACUCAACGACGCCUGCUACGGAGGGCGGCCUCAUCGACGUCAGCAAAAUUUGCACAGUCUUUUCUUGGGCCUUCAAAUUUAUAGCCAAAUCCCGAGAACUAGAAAUUCAAAGAAUGAGAACUGAAAAUCCUGGAAUGCUCGAAAAAGCGGAAAAGCGAUUUACCAAUGCUGUUGACAAUUUCUUUGACGUCAUCCUCGAUGUGGCAGUAGUGGACAGUGACCAGCUUUUAAAGAGUCACAUUUUCAAGCACAUUUCGGAGACGAUAGAUCCUCUGGCUCUUGUCUACUCCCAACGGAGUCUGACAAAUUACCUGGAGCGUCUGGUGCAGCGCACCAUUCAGUGUCCUAAUUUGCCCAACCACAACAUACUCAGUGGCUGUCUUCGCUCUGUCCUCAUGGAGGAUACGGAGUGUCGGAAAAUUCUCGUGCCACCUAUCAUUACUAAUCUCAAAAAAUUAUUCAGCGCAAAUCUUGAUAUAACUUUGGAGCCAUGUCGGUCAGAGACGAACUCCAUGAUGACAUAUUUCUGCAACAUUCUCACACUCUUCAUGGAGCGUUUUGUGAAGACGGUGAUUGCCUCCUCUGAUACUGAGUCGACGGAUUCGGUCUCCGGAAACCGCGAGUUUCACCACCAAUUCGUACAGCAGGGCCUUUUGAGAUGGGUGAUGCACGAGUAUGGUCGUAUUCUACUAUCCCUUCAAAGGACGGCCUCUUCUGCGCCGAAUUCGAGGCCGGCAUCGUCGGAGCUAACAUCCACCACUGGACAGACGCUGCUCGCCACUCAGUCACCUGUCAAAUCGCGCUUCCUAUACCUCCAACCAGUUUUGGGCUGUCUUGCAAGUGUUUUUACAAGCAUUUUGCAACAAAUACGAUCCUCUGACUGGGAAGCGCUUCUUACACCGAAACAUCAACCACGUCUCAACUGCACCUGCGCCACAUGCGUAGGACUCGAACUUACUGAAACAAGUGAUUUUCUGCACGAGCUCUUCUUCAUAUUCCUCCUCUCUCACUCAUGGCCGGCUUACCCUGGGCUUCAUGGAACCAACAGGACUUUCAAAUACCAUAAUUUGCCAGCGCAUUUGGUCAGCCCACUGGCAUCAGAGUCCAUGAGCGAACAGCCCUGGGUUGAAAUGCUAGCUCUCCAAUCAACAGUGGAGUUGGAGACUAUGAGGGUCAUUUUCAAGGUCUGCAUGCAACCCUAUUUCAUGUGCAGUAACUCUUCCCCUGGGAAGCUGGAUGCCGGCCAACAGAAGUCUCGCCUUCUCAUCAAUUCGUUGCAGCGGUGCCUUGGUAAUUUCAUCACUACGCAACCACAUUUGUGGCUGGAAGAGCUACCCACAAUUACUGUAGUUGCGACCGCACCUCGUCUCCCCAAUGGUUGCUUGGGUGAUCUUAGGGUCUUCGCAGUCCGUUUGUUGGAACGACUCUGGCAAGCGAUUGGUCAGCCUCAUCAGACACGCUACAUGGAAUACUUCAUUCCUACUGUUAUAAGCGCAUCGACUGAACCAGUUUCAGAACUGCGCAAAAUAUGCGUCAAAAUGCUUGUUGAUAUGCUGCGUGUAAAUCCUCUGGCCGCUGAGCCCUUUCUCAUUAGAGAUAUAGAUAGAGUAAUGAAUUGGGCACUACCCGAGUUCUCCACCGAAAUACUGAACCUUCUUGAAGCAGAGGUUCCUGACGGCGCGAUCGAGAGUCUAGGUCGUCGGAUUUCAAUCGGCUUACGCAGAGGAGCGCCUGUCAAAUUCUCUCCCUCGAAUCUCUCAGUUACUACGGAGAAAUCAAGGACCCGGAUCUUGGGUGACAUGAUCCGACAGAUCAAUUACCUUCGGGAAUACAGUGAGGUCAUCACUAGACGAUCAAAGCUUAGUGGAAUGCUCGCAAUUAACAAUUUGAGGACCUAUUAUGACUCUAUCAAGAGAAAGGACAUGACGAUUCGAUAUCUUUUUAAAUUGGAAGAACUGCACGAGCAAUCCGAAAAUGAUAUAGAAAGAGGCUAUACACUCGAACGAAUCAGCGGACAGUAUUGUUGGUCGUCCAACUCGGUGGACAUUAGUGAGGUGUCUGAUCGGUACGCUGACCUGGGCAUUAUCUCCUCCUCCGCUCUCAAGGAGGCCCUCCUCUUGGAUGCGCUCAAGUACUUGAAGGCCGGUGGGGACUGGAAGCGCGCUAUCGACGUUUGCGAUCAGUUAACUGUCUUCUACCGAGACGUAACUGCGGACCUCGUCAGUUUAGGUGCUAUCCUCAAUGAGCAGAGUCAGCUUUACACAAACUUUGUCAGUGGAGGGGCUAGAAAUCAGUGCUGCUACAAAUACUAUGCUCUACACUUCUCCACUCGCCAAGAUUCACCGGGUUUCAUCGGAACAACCGUCGUUUAUCGCACACUCAGCCAGUUGAACGAAGUGAAAAUGACCCUAUGUGAACAGUUCCCCGAGUACCACGUCGAAACUCACAAUCCGCAGCCGCUGACUGCAGUAGUGACCCAGGUUACGGACGAAGUUCCUACUAUACGAUUGGUGGGGAAUUUGCAACCUGUUCCCGAGCUGCCUCCUAAUUGGGCCUCGGGUGAAGCGGCUGCGAACCUUUCUCCUCACAUUAAAGCUUACUAUGACUGGAAUCAGGUUCGGCAGUUUACUCGAACAUAUCAUUUCAAGCCCUCGAAAAGUGCGAAUGGAAAGGAAAUGCCAGUCGCAGAAGAGGUCCGCUAUAUUCUCAGCGAAAAGUUGCCAAACAUCGUGUCUUUUAUGCCAGUUGAAGACAUCACCACCCGAACUCUGAGCAAAGCGGAGUUGGUGGUAAAUUUAGUGCAGGACAUGUCCCGAUCACUUAGUUCUAUGAUUGCAGAAAUUACUUCCAGCACGAAUCCACAGGCCCUUCUGUCAAAUUUCGUUGGCAAAUUGAGCACUUCAAUUCAUUCCCCAGUUAGUGGAGGUCUAACUGCGCUCUUAACCAGCGUAAACCUUGUGGAUGAUUCAGCAGAUGAGCGACAGUCAGAGCAGCUUUCAGAUGCCAUUUUUCAACUUCUCCAAGUUCAAGCUGAAGGUCUCACCCUUUGUCGUAAUUUCGAAGCCUCCUCUGAAGCGGGUGGGCCGAUAUCAAAUCUACUUCCUACUAUGUUGGAGCAGUUUCGCUCUCUCAUACACGAAAUGAGCAUGAAGUUUGGAAUCAGCGUCUUCCAAUUGCAGGAACAAAUGCAGUUUGGAAGUUCGGAACGCACUCUCCUGACGAGUGGCGCUGCGCAUACUAAUCCCUAUCGAGCUGGCAGAGUCUAUCGAAGGGCGCCGGACAUUCCCAAUUCGUCUCAAUCGAUUCGAGCGCGUACAAACUCCCCUUUGAGUCCUCCAUCGGAGGAGCCGAGGAAGACCUAUGCCACCUCCUUGCUGCCACAGACACCGCCACCUCUACCGGAGCGGCCUUCCGACCUUUCCUCACUCCACGACAUCGCGGGUGAAGAGGCCUCGCGCUUCCCCCACAUCGACUCCCGACGCCCGCCUUGCUCUUUGCUCCCCGAACCUGAUCGUGCUGCUGGCGCCGUCUCCUCUCCCUCCGAUGCUGCUCCGCCUCCCUUGCCCAAAAAACCUCCCAAGCCGCCACCACGGAAUGUAGGCCGUGUGAAUUACACACCAACGCUUAAUGACGCUCUCAUCUGCGUAGAUAUCAAGAAUAGGAGCUCAUUUAUUCUUGAUCUUAGUUCCGCUUUAGCAAAAUUUCCAGACGCAGGUGACCUACGUUGA